GAACUGCUCAGCACAAGCUGACUUGCUUUGCCUUCACUGACAAUCACCAGGAAGCCCACUCCACUUCCACGAAGUCACAGCAGGCUCUGGUGACAGGAGCAAGAGAGAAGUCAGCCCAAGAAGCCCCUGGAUCCUGACCAGCCUCCUGCCAACAGCAGUGAGCUCCUGAGCCCUCCGCUGCUGUAGGUCCAAGCUCUACUCAGUCUCACCUCUCCGACCCCCAGCCAAGGAGACCAAACCCUUGUAAAGCACCCAGGUUUGGCAGCACCUGCUGCCUCUGGGCAGACACAAUGGCAGUGCAAGGUUGAACACUCAGGCAUCUACUCCGGCGUAACGCCAAUAUUGACACAAAGUCUCUAGAGGUGAAGAGAACUUCCAAGAAAAGUCAUCUAAUCUUGUUCUUCCACUGCUCAGGCAGCAUCACAACAUGGUGGACCGUGAUAACGCUUGGGUCUCCAAACAAAGUCCUGAAGUCUAUUGUAUUGGUAUCUCAAUUUUAAUGAUACUGAUCUUUACCAGCUUGUGCAAUGUUUGGGCAUCUUUGUUGACACAAGACUUGCAAGAAGUGAGAGCAGCAUAUAAAAGUGAGAAAAGUCUGCAGCAGAUCAGUUCUGGUCAAAGAUGGCCAAGCUCGUUUUGCUUACUGGUCUGGCCCUCCUGCUGAACGCCCAGAUAGGCUCUGCCUAUGUGCUGUCAUGCUAUUUCACCAACUGGGCUCAAUACAGGCCUGGCCUGGGAAAAUACAUGCCAGACAACAUCGACCCGUGCCUCUGUGACCAUCUGAUCUACGCCUUCGCUGGGAUGUCCAACAAUGAGAUCACAACCAUUGAAUGGAAUGAUGAGACCCUCUACAAAUCCUUCAAUGGACUGAAAAAUAAGAAUGGAAAUCUCAAGACCCUCCUGGCAAUUGGAGGAUGGAAUUUUGGGACAGCCAAGUUCUCCACAAUGGUUUCCACUCCUGAGAACCGCCAGACCUUCAUCAACUCCGUCAUCAAAUUCCUGCGCCAGUACCAAUUUGAUGGGCUGGACAUUGACUGGGAAUACCCUGGAUCAAGGGGCAGCUCUUCUCAGGACAAAGCUCUCUUCACCGUCCUGGUUCAGGAAAUGCUGGCUGCCUUUGAGCAGGAAGCCAAGCAGGUGAACAAGCCCCGUCUCAUGAUCACGGCUGCUUUUUUACACUUGUGCUGA